AGUUGCCCAGUCCGGCCCUUUCAGUUUCAUUCCUCCCCUCAACGAAGAAGAGAAGAAGUCAUUCAACAAACAGGGUUUUCAACCCUUGGAAUUUGGCUUUCCUAGACUUGCACAGCCAGGAGCCUCUAGGCAGGGACACACCCAGGGGGAGGAGCUGCCUUCAUAGCAGGUCCCAGCCAAGCCUAGCUGAGGGCUCCCUUCUCUGCUCCUCUGCUGCUCCCCACAGACCAGCAUGGCCCAGGGGAGUCCUGCCUCCGCCUUGGAUCCCAAGAGCAUUCAGGAGCUGGUGCUCUGCUCCCACGAGGCCAAGAAGUUCGCCUACUGUCCCUACAGUCACUUCCGUGUCGGGGCUGCUGUCCUCACCAGCGAAGGGAAGAUCUUCUCAGGAUGCAACGUCGAAAACUCUUCCUACCCACUGGGCAACUGUGCUGAACGGACGGCUAUCCAGAAGGCUGUCUCCGAAGGGCACAAAGUUUUCAAGGCAAUCGCUGUCGCCAGUGACGUGGAAGACGAGUUUAUUACACCCUGUGGGGCCUGCAGGCAAGUCAUGAGAGAGUUUGGCACCAAGUGGGACGUCUACCUGACCAAGCCAGAUGGCACCUAUGUCGUCCACACAGUCCAGGACCUGCUGCCUGUCUCCUUUGGGCCCGAGGACCUGCAGAAGCCGAAGUAAAAGAUGAAGAAGGCCCCCUGCCCGGGAGAGCCGGGUUCCCACAAGUGUUUAAGGGGACCGCUGCCUGGACAACUUCAGGAAGAGGCUCUCACAGACCUGGCACAACUCCAGAUGGGCCUGACCCCCCGGGGGCUGGGCGGAGAUGACUUCUCCAAAUGAUACUCAAGUAUUGCCAUCCCAGUCCAGCCUGGGCCAUAGCCCCUCCUUGUAACCUCCCUUUCCUCCCCAGAUAAGAGCACCCCAUUCCUUCCUUUCCUUCCUGUGGGCCCUCAUUAAAAUUCCAGCCAAGUCUGAACUGCUUCCA